GCGUGUUUGACUCGGACGUUGUUACCUAAUGUCUCGCACAAUUUUUUAUGGGAAUUCGUCGCCUCGAUCGUGCGCGAAUCGUUUCCGGAUUGUUCCGGAGAGCGUUGAUUUGGGGGAGCGGAGAGUAAAAUCGGCUUCUUUUGUUGGAUAUAUCUGAGAAAUUUGUCACCUUUGAUGUGAAUUUUGGCUUCUGGGUUUUGUUUUUCUAGGUCAUCUCCUUGGAUUAUAGAGAAGAGCGAUAGGGAAUAGUAUCGUUUUCCGACCCAAUUUCACUCAAAACAAGUUGUUGGAUGCAUAAAAAUCGAAUUUUUAUGCGAUGGAUUUCAUUGGGGGAGAUGGGAUUUGCUUCCUUUUAAUUUUUGGGAAUCGUAUAUAAGAGUAUGCGCAACAAAUUCCGUUUAAAAUGAAGUGGAAUAGCUAAUAACACAUUCGAUGCAUAAGGGUAUGGAGUGAAUUUCAAGUCUAAGAAGUGAUUGGUUUGUGGGAUUUAGUUUAGGCCCAUUAUAGCAUGAUUAAGCAAAUUUUUGGACGGCGGAAGCCGCCGAAAUCAGCGGAUAGGGAUUUGAUUGUGGGGGUGAGUCCUUCGCCGAAUCCUUAUUCUGGUUCCAGAAGUGGGGAUUCAGCGAAUAAUAGAAUUGUCACUGCAAAUAGUCAUCUGGCCCCUUUGUCGAAUUACGGCUUAAACUAUCCCAGCCCAGCUUCUAACUCCAAGGUAAAUGGUAAUUCUGUUGGCUUUCCCUACGAACCGUUGCCGAGCUUCAAAGACGUCCCAAGCGCUGAAAAGCAGAGCUUGUUCCUCAAGAAGUUGGAUUUGUGCUGCGUCGUGUUUGACUUCACGGAUCCGACGAAGAACGUGAAAGAGAAGGAAGUGAAGCGGCAAACAUUGGUAGAGCUUGUUGACUAUGUCACUUCACAUAGUGGGAAGUUUCCAGAAAUAGUUAUGCAAGAGAUUACCAAAAUGGUAUCCAUAAACUUGUUUAGAGCAUUUACUUCCCCGCCUAGAGAGAAUAAGGCCUUGGAAGCCUUUGAUGUAGAGGACGAGGAGCCCGUAAUGGAUCCUGCAUGGCCUCACCUGCAGCAUGUGUACGAUUUGUUCCUGAGGUUCGUUGCUUCUCCAGAGACUGAUGCGAAACUGGCCAAGAGAUAUGUAGAUCACUCCUUCAUUCUUAGACUACUCGAUCUCUUUGAUUCUGAAGACCCCAGAGAGAGGGAGUACUUAAAGAUGAUACUUCACCGUAUCUAUGGAAAAUUCAUGGUGCACCGCCCAUUCAUCAGGAAAGCUAUUAACAACAUUUUCUACCGGUUCGUCAUGGAAACUGAGAAGUUCAAUGGGAUUGCGGAGCUCUUGGAGAUCUUGGGAAGUAUUAUAAAUGGGUUCGCUUUGCCGCUUAAGGAAGAACACAAGCUGUUCCUGGUUCGGGUCUUGAUCCCACUUCACAAGCCAAAAUGUGUUGCUGCAUAUCAUCAGCAGCUGUCUUAUUGCAUCACUCAGUUUGUUGAGAAAGAUUGCAAGCUCGCCGAUACGGUCAUAAGAGGUUUGUUGAAAUAUUGGCCCGUCACAAAUAGUUCAAAGGAAGUGAUGUUCUUGGGAGAGUUGGAGGAGAUCUUGGAGCAAACUCAGCCGGCCGAAUUCCAGAAGUGUAUGGUUCCACUCUUCCGCCAGAUUGCCCAUUGUUUGAACAGUUCUCACUUUCAGGUGGCAGAAAGGGCAUUGUUUUUGUGGAACAACGACCACAUCGAGAGCCUAAUUAAACAACACCACAAGGUAAUACUACCUAUCAUCUUCCCCGCGUUAGAGAGAAACACGAAUAGUCAUUGGAACCAGGUUGUCCAAAGCCUCACGAUGAACGUGCGCAAGAUUUUCUCCGACCACGAUCCGGACCUGUUCGCAGAGUGCUUGAAGAAGUUCCAAGAAGAUGAAGCCAAGGAGGAGGAGGUUCAGUCUAAAAGAGAGGCCACGUGGAAGCGUCUAGAAGAAGUAGCUUCUUCAAAAGCCGCGAGCAGUGAGCCCGUGCUCGUUACUCGCACCAUGCUCCGCCAAUCUUCUUCUGCUUAAACUACUCUCGCCUGGUUCCAUGACUCGAUUGUACUCGAAUAUCUCAAGUGGGGUUUGAGAUGUGUCGAAAUGAAUUAUUUGCUCACCCUUUGUUGUGGAUUGUUUGGAUUGCUAGGUUCUCGAGGAUUGUUGAGAAUUGUAUAGGAUUGAACUGUAUAUAGGAAGUAUAUGGAAGCCAUUUCAAGCAACAAAGAUCCGAAAAAACUUGUGGGAGCAUACAUUUUAGCUGUUCAACAGCUAUAAAAGAACAAAAAAGGGUGCAUCUUAUCAUCUCUAGAUUUUUUUUUUUUUUUUUUUUUUUGGAGGUUGACUGUCUAUUGUUGCUGUAAUUUCAUAUAUGUCGGAUAAUGACUUAUUUUAUUAGUUUGCAUUUUCUUAAGUAGUUUAUGACCUACAACAGUGUUCAUUUGCCGUCGUUUAUUUGUUAUAUUUUAGAUUUUGCUUAUGCAAAA